UCAAUACAUUUCAGCUAACCUGGCAACCCUGCCCGGCUGUCAGCGGUCAGGUUUCUGUGCUCCCAGCCCGCAGAAAUUGAGCAGUUACGGAGCUGUAGCUGAACUUGCAUCCGGGAGAUACUUCUCAUUUAACGCAAGAAAACUCAGUUUCGUCAAUUUCAGGUUGAGGAGGGUUGGAGCACACAGACAAAAUGGUGACCAUUCCAGAGUACUAUGAGGGGAAGAAUGUGCUUAUCACAGGGGCAACAGGCUUCAUGGGAAAGGUCCUGCUGGAGAAGCUGCUGCGGUCUUGCCCUGGAAUCAAAGCCGUGUACGUUCUGGUCCGGCACAAAUCGGGGCACUCUCCCCAGGUCCGCAUCGCAGACAUGAUCAACUGCAAGCUUUUUGACAGGGUACGAGAUGAGCAGCCAGACUUUGCUGAAAAGAUAGUGGCUGUUAACAGUGACCUCACCCUGCCAGAGCUGGACCUGAGCAAAGAGGACCAGGAAACACUUGCUGACUGCAUCAACGUAGUCUUCCACUGUGCUGCAACCAUCCGAUUCAACGAGCCUCUCAAAGAUGCUAUGCAGCUCAAUGUUCUAGCCACCCAGAAGAUGGUGGCUCUGGCCCACAGAAUGAAGCACUUGGAGGUGUUCCUUCAUGUGUCCACAGCCUACGCCAACUGUGACCGGACACUCAUUGAGGAAGUGGUUUAUCCACCUCCUGUUGACUACAAGAAGCUCAUCGACAGCCUGGAGUGGAUGGAUGAGAAGCUGGUCUCAGCGAUGACCCCAGGGCUGAUUGGAAAAAGGCCCAACACGUACACUUACACCAAGGCCAUGGCUGAGUACCUGGUCCAGCAGGAGUGUGGAAACCUCAACGUGGCCAUCAUCAGGCCCUCUAUAGUAGGGGCCAGUUGGAAAGAGCCCUUCCCAGGCUGGAUUGAUAAUUUCAAUGGACCUAGUGGAAUAUUCAUUGCAGCAGGAAAGGGGAUCCUGCGCACCAUGAGAGCGUCCAACAACGCGGUGGCUGACCUGGUGCCUGUGGAUGUGGUCAUCAAUACCACACUGGCUGCCGCCUGGUACUCCGGCUCCCAGAGACACACCAGGCCUAAGAGCAUAUUGGUGUACAAUUGCACGACGGGUGGCAUCAACCCGUUCCACUGGGGUGAAGUUGAGUACUGUAUAAACAUGACCUUCAAGACCAACCCCUUAGAGCAGGCUUUCAGGCGCCCCAAUGUUAACCUGCGGUCCAACCCCUUUACCAAUCAGUACUGGACCACAGUGAGUCACACUCUGCCCGCCCUGCUGUAUGACGUGUAUCUCAGGGCCACGGGUCAGAAGCCCCGGAUGAUGAAGACCAUCACACGGCUGCACAAGGCCAUGAUGGUGCUGGAGUACUUCACCAGUCACUCGUGGGUGUGGAACACGGACAACGUCACCAUGCUAAUGAACCAGAUGGGCACUGAUGACAAGAGGAUGUUCAACUUUGACGUGCGACAACUCAACUGGGCAGAGUACAUGGAGAACUAUUGCAUGGGGACAAAGAAGUAUGUCCUGAACGAGGCUGAGUCAGGCCUGCCAGCCGCACGUAAACACCUCAACAAGUUGAGGAACAUCCGCUACACGUUCAACACGGUCCUGGUCGUGUUCAUCUGGCGCGUGUUCAUUGCGCGGUCCCAGAUGGGCAGGAACAUCUGGUACUUUGUGGUCAGCCUCUGCUUCAAGUUCCUGUCCUACUUCCGAGCAUCCAGCACCAUGAAAUACUGAGGCCACGUGGUGUGGUCACCUUGAACCCAUCCACCCUCCUCAACUCAGAAUCCCCAGUCCAGUCCACCCUCUCUCCCUCCUGCCGGCCCGCCUGCAGACAGCUAUGCAUUGGACAAGGCUCUUCAAACCCUGGGACUAUUUUGAGUCACUCAAAGGGAGCCUUAAGGAUUUUGGCAAUGAAGCCCUGUAUCUACUUCCCCAGAGUCAGAUGAACUCGUGGAUACCAUUUGUAUGUCUCUG